CGAAAUGGCGGCGGCCGAGUCGUUCCUCGCCUUCAACCCCGCGGGCUCGGCCGGCGCCGCCGCCGCCUCCCGGCGCCGUUCCCGGGGGCCGCGGAACCGCAAGAAAGGCUGGAAACGCUGGAGCGGCCCCGAGGCGAGGCUGGGCCGCGAAAUCGGCGAUUUCCUGGAGGAUGUGGGGCUGCAGGAGCGAGCGGCGGGGGGUCUGAUCUCGGAGCAGCCCAACGAGGACCUUUUCUUCCUGGACAAGGGGGCCACCCCCAAAAAUCGGUCCCUGAAGAAGAAGAAGCCCCCCCAGAAGCCCCUGCACGUGGACCUGGUGCUGCAGCCCCUCUCCAAGGUGCCUCCCCCCAAAAACAUUGGUGCCCACCAGGUUCCGAACGGGCGCAAGGAGCGGCUGCGGCGCCGUUUUUGGGAGCAGAGGGCGGCGCUCGGGAUCUUCCCCAGGGGGGAGCGGCGCCUCAGGGCCCGCCUGGCCCGGGGGGAGCCCCCAGCCCCCCAAAAACCCCCGGAGCUGGGGCGCUCCGACCCCCACCGGGCCUUCUACGACAUCUGGGGGCAGCACAACCCCCUGGACGCCCCCCUGGCCGGGCAGGACCCCUGGUACCUGCAGCAGACCAAGAGGCUCAGGGUGCAGCGCCCCCCCCGGCUGCAGGCCCGGCCCUCGCCCCUCCCCCCCGUGGAGGUCAUCGGCCAGGGGGGCUCCUACAACCCCCCCUUCCAGGAGCACCAGGAUCUGCUGCGGAAGGCGCUGGAGGUGGAGCUGAGGAAGGAGGAGGAGGAGAAGGUGGAGAGGAGGCUGAAGGUCACCGAGGAGCCGCCCUCGCAGGAGGCCGUGCUGCGGGAGCAGCUGCAGGGGCUGCUGGAGGAGGAGGAGGAGGAGGAGGAAGGGCAGCAGGAGGAGGAUGAAGAGCGGGAGCGGCCGCACAGACGGGAACAGCCCGGGCGGAAAACGGAGAAACAGCGGCGGAAGGAGAAGGAGCAGAGGGAGAAGGCUGGUGCCCGUGCCCGUGCCCGUGCAGCCCUGCAGAGGCGCCAGGGGCUGUUCCAGCUCCGUUCCCUGCGGCGCCUCCUGCGGCUCCGGGACCUGGAGCUGCGGCGCCGGCGCCUCCUGAGGGAGCAGAGGCGGAAACUGCGGGAAACGGCCCCAAAACGGCUGGGACGGCUCCGCUACGAGGAGCCCGAGCUUGAGGUGCAGCUGAGCGAGGAAAUCCCAGAGUCCCUGAGGAGCCUCCGGCCCCAGGGGAACCUGCUCAGGGAUCGCUUCAGGAGCCUCCAGAGGAGAAACGUCCUGGAGCCACGGCUCAGGGCCAAGUUCAAGCGGCGCUACCGGGUGAAAUACGUGGAGAAAAGAUCCUUCAGGGCUGUGACGUGA